AAGAUAUGUCAAAUUUACUUAAAAUCUUUGGAGAUGUUGGUUUUCCGAUAAUAUCGGUUCCAAACGAAAUCAUUGAUGCAUUAAACAAUUCCAUACAUAAAGACUUUCUUAAAGUUUUGUCUCCUGCAAUUGGUCGUAUUUAUUUAAAGCAUAAUCGUGAUAGAUGGCAAGAUCAACUGUCAAAAGAAGAAGCCAUAGCAUUAUUUAAGUACGUGUUAAUAAUGAACGAAAAUUUUGAUGAAAUGGAAGGUUUAAAAAUAAUUCCACUCGAGAGUGGUAAACUUGGUACUUUGUCACGAUUUAGCGAUUCUAUUGUGUACGUUAGUCCAGAUGAUGAUUAUGAAAAAAAUGUUGAGCACCAUAUCUUUAAAGAUCAAUUAGACAAAUUCAUUUCAAGGGAUAAUCACGGGUUGUGUAAUCGUUUGCGUGAACUUGCUAUAGAUGGGUGGAAUCUAAACAUUAAAAUCUUGGAUGAAUAUGCCAUUGCCAAUAUGAUUAGAUUCACACUUGAUCCAGUAAAUCCAUUCCUUGAGGAAAUGCAAAUAUCAAAUCAUAGUGUAUGGAUUCAUAAAUUGUGGGAUUACUUGAUAAAUAGAAAUUGGGAUUUGAAAAAGUUUGAAAAUAUCCAUUUAAUCCCGACAAGUCGCUCUACUCUUAGGAAAUUAAAUCCUCCGAAAAAAAUUUUAUCCAAUCAAACGAAUAAUAUUUCAAUCACACCAUCUUUGAAAGUUAUUUUCGAAAAAUUUGGUGCCGUAUUUGUUGACAAUCAAUUUGAAGAAAUUGCUAAAUGUGAUAA